GGAAUUUAUUUUGAUGGGAGAUCAUCGACAACAGGUAAUUAUCUGCGGCACUGUCAUUUAAUCACAUGAUUUAUUUGAAACUGGUAUCACGACAAAACGUUUUUUUUUUCGGACAUUUAAUUGUCAGUGUAUGUUGCUAAGGUUUGCACGAAAAUAUUCAAAUAUAAAAAUGGUUCAAACUCAUGUAGUACAAGGUUAUGAAAAAUUUCAAGAAUUUUUCAAAAAUUUUGAUAGCCAAGGACAAAAAAUCCACGUCUUAUUUUCCAGUCCCAGAAAAGAAGAUAACACCAGUUGGUGCACAUAUUGUGUAAGAGCUUGGCCAGUUAUAGACCAAGAACUAGAAAAAACUGACCCUAAUUCUCACUUUGUAAGGGUAGAAGUUGGAGAUAUGCCAGUCUGGAAAGAUCCCACUUGUCCAUUCAGACACGAUCCCAAAACCAAAUUAAGAGUUUUGCCAACGUUAAUGAGAUGGGAAGGCCCACAGAGAUUAGAAGGAGAACAAUGUGAUAAAGCUGAUCUUGUGAACAUGCUUUUAAAUGAAGAUGAUGAUUAAUUUUUCGUAUUUUACUUACAGUUGAUGAUAUUUUUUUUUAUAAAAUUGAUAUUAAAAAAACUCAUGAUAUUUGAAAAAAUUUAUUUUUAAAAAUGUCUGUGGUCCAAUUAAAUUUUUAAAAAUACAGUACUUAUAAUUGAUUUUGAUUUAAUUUAAUCAAACAGCCUCUAUAAAAAGUCUAAUUGUCUAAGUAUCCACAUUUAUUGCUAAUAAAUUUCUUCCUAGUAACAAA